AUGGAACCCAGGCACGGGCGUUCAGCAUUCACUAUAAGUUUCUCAAAUCCAAAUGGCUUUGCAAAUCAGCGCACUGCCAUUCCAGCCGUCAGUUAUCCAGCAGCUGGUUCUAGCCAACUUGAUGUGCUAGCUCCUAGAGGUUGCAAGAGAAAGUGGACUGAGUUGGCUCUAGGUCUGGGUGACUCAUCAAGCUCAGACUGCAGCAAGCAGAGCAUGGGUACUGGAUGCACUGUUUCUUCUGCCAAGGGAAGCGAUGAUGCCUCAUGUAUGGACUACGACAUAAGUUUUAAGUUAUCUCUUGGCAAUGAAGGUACUUCCAAGCUGCAUAAACAGGCUUGUGAUUCUAAAAGGACUAUGGAGAAGCCUCGGUUGGAUCUUAAGUUAUCAUUGGCUCCAUCUCAGUCCGAUGUAACUGAUGCAGAUCUAAUUAGAAGCAAUGCACCUCAGGACAUGUUUGUGCAUCCGUACUUGAUGUCCUCAGUGCCAACAGUUGAUGAAGGAUCUACAUCUGCUCGACAUUCAUCUGGAGGCAUGGUGAGUUCCUUUCUUAACCGGGCAGGGAUUUCUCUGAGCCAAGCGUUCCCAGUUAACUCUAAUCAGGUUCAAGGUCCAGCUCCUUCAGCGCCAACAGUGCUCCAACUGCCAAAAAGUUCAGCUGCCUCUUCUUCUGGGUUUGUCCGUUCACAGCAAUGCAACAGUAGCACGAAAAUCUGUUCACAGCCAGGUUGUACAAAAGGAGCCAGGGGUUCAUCCGGGCGGUGCAUUGCCCACGGUGGGGGUAGAAGGUGCCAAAAGGAAGGCUGCAACAAAGGAGCUGAGGGCAAGACCAUCUUCUGUAAAGCCCAUGGAGGGGGGAAGCGCUGUGAACACCUUGGAUGUACCAAAAGUGCCGAAGGCCGGACUGAUUUCUGCAUAGCCCAUGGCGGCGGGCGGCGUUGCAGUCAUGAAGGGUGCAAAAGGGCAGCACGAGGCAAAUCGGGCCUCUGUAUCAAGCAUGGUGGUGGGAAGAGGUGCCAAAAGCCAAACUGCACAAAGAGCGCCGAAGGGCGGUCAGGCAUGUGCAUUGCUCAUGGCGGUGGGCGCCGCUGUCAGUAUGAUGGCUGCGGGAAGGGAGCUCAGGGCAGCACCAAUUUCUGCAAAGCCCAUGGUGGCGGCAAGAGAUGCACACACCCUGACUGUUCCAAGGGUGCAGAGGGAAGCACGCCAUUCUGCAAAGCACAUGGAGGCGGCAAGCGUUGUUCAGCCGACGGCUGCACAAAGAGCGUGCAUGGUGGGACCCAGUUCUGCGUCGCGCAUGGAGGUGGGAAGAGGUGCGCGGUUGAAGGAUGCAGGAAGAGCGCAAGAGGCCGGACGGACCGUUGUGUUGGCCAUGGUGGGGGCAAGCGAUGCCACUUCGCUGGCUGUGGAAAGAGCGCGCAGGGAAGCACUGACUUCUGCAAGUCACACGGUGGAGGCAGGCGCUGCUCAUGGGGACAUCCGGGUUCAGACCUCGGAUCAGGCGGUGCUCCUUGCGACCGUCUGGCAAGAGGCAAAAAAGGGCUAUGCGAUCAACACAGCCUGCUGGUGGAUGACAACAGUGUCCACGGGGGGGUGUCGUUUGGUGGUUUCAGCAUCGUCAGUGCUGCCCCCUUUCUGAGGGAGAUGGCUCUCCUGGCACUGAAACAAGCAUGCGCAGCUUCUUCAUGCACACGGUGGAGGCUCCUCCUCGCCAUGUGGCGGCCUCAGCCCAUGAAGGCCGGGUGCAUGGGGGGAACUUUAUGCCCAUCAUGCUGGAUGGUGGUGUGGGACUCGGGAAGAAGCCGGCCAACAACGUUGAUGCCAGUACCUCUGCCCCUCGCUACUGGAAAAAUUUGGAGAAGCCCUUUGGCUCUGCGCAGCGCAGCUGGCUGUAAUGCAAGAGUUCGUGGUCUGCUGCCCCCCUUCAUCUCGGUAUCCUCCUCCGUUCAAGUAUCUCCCGUGUCCCCUGGUCUGGUGUGA